AUUGCUCUGUACUCGGCUUCCACGAACCGACAGUUCUUGCAUGAGCUGAGGUCGCUGCUAAGCCUCUAUCUGGGGGAGAAGGUUCUACAGCCAGUGACCUCCACUCCACAAAGUAGCAGCUCGGGUGGAGGAGCUGUGUUCACUCGGUGGGGAAAGACAACAUGUCCGUCAGGAAAUGAUGUCAUAUAUAAAGGUUAUGCAGGAGGAAGCCAUUGUUGGGCCAAGGGUGGACCAGGGACAACUCUGUGCCUUCCUGAAUCUCCGAUCUACGCUAAGCAUACUACAGCAGGAUCAGGCAGUACGCUCUAUGGGACUGAGUAUCAACUAGAACGUCCCUCUCUUCCACUACGAAAAAUGUAUCAACAUGAUGUACCUUGUGUGGUGUGCCGCAGUCGUCACAGGAGGAGUGCUGUCAUGGUCCCUGCCAGGAAUGAGUGCUUCCCUCAGUGGCAUCUGGAAUACAAGGGGUACCUCUUCGGGGGAGCCACUUCACACCCAGGUUCAAGUGAUUAUGUGUGUGUAGAUGGAGACCCAGAACCCAUAAAAGGAGGCCAUGAAGACAAAAACGGACAUCUCUUGUACCCGGUGGAGUCCAAAUGUGGCGCUCUGCCUUGUCCACCGUAUGUUGAUGGAUGGGAGAUGACAUGUGCUGUUUGUACAAAAUAAAACACUCCAUAUAGUC